UCUAGAUUUCCUGUCGAUCACCAAAGUAAUCUAAGGUGUCAUCCACCAGCAGCGCACUACGAACUCGCUAGCUGAUCUUGCUGCUUUGGCGCAUACCGCGCGGAGCUUUCAUAUGACAUCUCUUUGCCUCAGUCUCUGACAUUCUUCUACUCCGUGUUUUCUUCGCCUCGAAAAUGAUUCUUUGUACUGUUCUGCCCCUGCUAAUAUCCUCCGUUGCCGCUCUCGCUUUUCCGGGCGCAGAAGGCUUUGGGCGAAACGCUGUCGGCGGUCGUGGUGGCACCGUCUAUGUUGUGACAAAUCUCAAUGAUAGCGGUGAAGGGUCUCUCCGCGAGGGAGUUUCUCAGAGCGACCGCAUAGUCGUGUUCUCGAUAGGUGGUUUGAUUAAGAUUAAAGAGCGUAUGGUCGUAUCCAAACGUGUGUCUAUCCUUGGGCAGACAGCACCAGGCGAUGGUAUCACAGUAUACGGGAAUGGGUGGAGUUUCAGCAACGCCGACGAUGCGGUCGUCCGGUACCUGCGCAUCAGAAUGGGAAAGGGAGGAGACAGCGGAAAAGACGGUAUAACUAUCGCAGAGGGAAGCAACAUGAUUUUCGAUCAUGUCUCAGUCUCCUGGGGUCGCGAUGAGACCUUUUCGAUCUCUGGCAAUGACGUCGGUGGUAAUAUCACCAUCCAGAACAGUAUCAUUGGACAAGGCCUGCAGACACAUUCGUGUGGCGGGCUGAUGCAAACAAAUCUCGGAAAUGGUAUCAGUCUCUUUCGCAACUUGUACAUUGACAACAAGACGAGAAAUCCGAAGGUCAAGGGUACCAAUGAUUUCACCAAUAACGUGGUUUACAACUGGGGGGGAGGUGGAGGAUACAUCGCUGGAGAUUCGAGUGCAGCAAGCGAGGCGAAUAUCGUGGGGAAUUACUUCAUCAGCGGUCCCAGUACCAGCGUCACGGCCUUUACCCGCGGGAACGAUAACUUCAAGGGCUAUGUUGUGGGCAACUUCUACGACUCAAAUCGCGAUGGCACGUUAGAUGGAACGGAGCUGAGCGUGUCGUCCAGCAAUUACGGCGGCAUGAACAUCCAAACAACCAAAUUUCCCUUUCCAGCGCCCGAGAAGACUCUACCGGCUGAAGAUGCGCUGAAGCUUGCUGAGAAUUCUGUCGGUGCGAGUAAAGUGCGCGAUGUGGUUGACAAGCGACUCAUUGAGGAAUUGAGGAGCUAUGGGAAGACGGGUGAGCUGAUCAGUGACGAGAAUGCCAGUCCCAUGGCUGGGCCGGGAACAAUUAACGGUGGAGAGCAAUGGGCUGACGCGAAUGGGAAUGGCAUUCCUGAUGACGUUGAGGAUCAAUUCGCAGAUGUGGAAGAAUGGGCUAACAGUUUGGUACCAAGUGUUUACUAGACAGCAGAUCGCAUUUGGUAGCACGUAUCGCAAAGGCUGAU